UCACUUUUGCAACUUCAUUUUCCAUUCUUUAUCAAUUGAGAGUCAAUUCACCUGCAAAGACAAAAUUCAACUUCUCGGUAUUCAUUAGAUAGAAAUGAGUAGAAGCUAGAGAAUUGAAAUUUACUGCAAAUCGUGAAAACUCUACUUUUCUCAUUUUCAUGAAUUUAAAUUGUCUUCUUCUCAUUUCUGGAAAGUGAUUAAAAGGAUUAAAAAUUGAGAAAAAAAUAAACUCGAGUUUUCUUCAGCAAAGUUCAUCUUUAAUGUGCAAUCAAACAUUUUUGUCGGAUUAUUUACAUCUUCAAGUUUCACUUUAGAGAAAAAAAAUUAAUCUUUUCAAGAAAAGUUUCAAGUGUCAAGUUUUGAGAAACUUAUUCUUCGAUUCGCUUUCAAGUUUCAUUUUUUAAUGUUCGUCUUGGUACCAUUAUUGGUAUCAACUGCAACCCUUUCAAGAUGAACUUUACACCCAUUUUCGCACUGCAAAUGCUCAUCCAUGUGCUCAUUAAGGUUCCUUUCAAGUUAACGUUUAAAUUCAAAUCUCACCUGAAAAACAACUUAACAUUACGACAGUUUCAUUCUCAGGAAUAUCAUCAAACAUCUCAAGAUUAUCUACUCAAUGAAGUACAGUUGACUUUACUCAAAUAUCUUCCACUGCGAACCAUCUCAAGAGUUUGGGGUUUAAUGACAUCUCUCUACUUACCAAUUUGCCUUCGUUCCUCCGUGUUGGGCAGUUACAGUCGACUUUUUGACUGUCAAUUGAAGGAAGCAGAGAUUGACGAUUAUCGUCUAUACCCAAGUUUAAAGCAAUUUUUUACUCGCUCAUUGAAACCUGGUUUAAGACCGAUUGCUCCAGGAGAUAAUCUUGUUAGUCCAGUUGAUGGAACAGUGUUGCACUUUGGUCGAGUCACUGAGGGCAACAUUGAACAAAUCAAGGGAGUUUACUUUACUGUUAGGUCAUUCUUGGGACCUCAAAGUUGGCCUUCAUUUGAUUCCAUUUAUAAUGCGCUUGGAUCUCUUUGGACUUCUAGUGAUAAAUUUAAUAAUCAGAAAAUCUGUGAUUACGAUGAAUCUUUGAUCAAUUAUACUCGGCGGUUAAAGGUCAAUCCAGACAAUUGCCUUUACAAUUGUGUCAUUUACCUUGCUCCAGGAGACUAUCAUCGAUUCCAUAGUCCAGCUGAAUGGAAGGUUCAUUUCAGGAGACAUUUUCCAGGACACCUUCUCAGUGUUCAUCCUUCCUUUGUAGGCAGAGUCAAGGGUUUGUUUACCAUCAAUGAACGAGUCGCCUACUUGGGCCACUGGAACCAUGGAUUCAUGUCAAUGACUGCCGUUGGUGCAACCAAUGUAGGCUCAGUGUCUACUUACUUUGAUCCGAAUUUGAAAACCAAUAGAUUCAACUGGCGAAGGAAACCUUACAAUGAUCACGUCUUUGGUGGACCCAUAGGCUUUGACAAAGGUGAUGCGUUUGGUGAAUUCAAUUUAGGUUCAACAAUUGUGCUUCUCUUCGAGGCUCCACGCAACUGGCGAUUCACUGUUCAACCCGGAGACAAGAUUAAAUACGGUCAACUAUUGUUUAAGCAAAAGUCUAAUCAAGCCAAGUGUUGAACAUUUGGCACAUCAACACCUUGGCCCAUUGGCACGUAAACUUGAAGUAAACUUUCAAGAGUUUGUUGUACACUGUUUGACAGUAAUUUUUUGUACUAAUUAUUGACCAUUUUGCAAUUAAAAGUGAUUUUUAUCCAAGCAGA